AUGGCUCACUCUAAAGCUCGAGCCGCAGAUGGGAAGGUGACGUACCCCCCGGGGGUCAAGGAGAUCUCCGACAAGAUCUCCAAAGAGGAGAUGGUCCGCCGGCUCAAGAUGGUGGUGAAAACAUUUAUGGACAUGGACCAGGACUCAGAGGAGGAGAAGGAGCUGUAUCUGAACCUGGCCCUCCACCUGGCUUCAGAUUUCUUCCUCAAACAUCCAGACAAAGACGUGCGUCUGCUGGUGGCCUGCUGUCUGGCAGACAUAUUCAGGAUCUACGCCCCUGAGGCACCCUACACCUCCCCAGAUAAACUCAAGGACAUCUUCAUGUUUAUCACCAGACAGCUCAAAGGACUGGAGGACACCAAAAGCGCUCAGUUCAACAGAUAUUUCUACCUGCUUGAGAACAUAGCAUGGGUCAAGUCCUACAACAUUUGCUUUGAGCUCGAGGACAGCAAUGAGAUUUUCACCCAGCUUUACAGAACACUUUUCCAGGUCAUCAACAACGGCCACAACCAGAAAGUACAUAUGCACAUGGUGGACCUGAUGAGCUCCAUCAUCUGUGAGGGAGACACUGUAUCGCAGGAGCUCCUGGACACCGUGCUGGUCAACCUGGUGCCCGCUCACAAGAAUCUGAACAAACAGGCAUACGACUUGGCUAAAGCUCUGCUGAAGAGGACCGCUCAGGCUAUUGAACCUUACAUCACUAAUUUCUUCAACCAGGUUCUGAUGCUGGGCAAGACGUCGGUCAGUGACCUGUCUGAACACGUCUUCGACCUCAUUCUGGAGCUCUACAACAUAGACAGCCACCUGCUGCUGUCUGUCCUGCCACAGCUGGAGUUCAAACUCAAGAGUAAUGAUAAUGAUGAGAGGCUUCAGGUGGUGAAGCUGCUGGCUAAGAUGUUUGGCGCCAAGGACUCAGAGCUGGCUGCACAGAACAAACCGCUCUGGCAGUGCUACCUGGGCAGGUUUAAUGACAUCCACGUACCCAUCAGACUGGAGUGUGUGAAGUUUGCCAGUCAUUGUCUCAUGAACCACCCAGACCUGGCCAAAGACCUCACUGAAUACCUAAAGGUCAGAUCACAUGACCCAGAGGAGGCCAUCCGCCAUGAUGUCAUCGUCUCUAUAGUAACAGCUGCCAAGAAAGAUCUGGCCCUGGUCAAUGACGCACUGCUCAAUUUUGUGAAGGAGAGAACCCUGGAUAAGAGAUGGCGUGUGCGCAAGGAGGCCAUGAUGGGCCUGGCUUCAAUCUACAGGAAGUAUUCGCUGCAGGGAGAAGGAGGGAGAGAAGCCUCCAAACAGAUUUCCUGGAUCAAAGACAAGCUUCUCCACAUCUACUACCAGAACAGCAUUGAUGACAGGUUGCUGGUGGAGCGGAUCUUUGCCCAGUACAUGGUCCCUCACAACCUGGAAACCGCAGAGAGGAUGAAGUGUCUUUACUACCUGUAUGCCACACUGGACACCAACGCUGUCAAGGCUCUGAAUGAGAUGUGGAAGUGUCAGAAUAUGCUGAGGCACCAUGUCAAAGACCUGCUGGACCUGGUCAAACAGCCCAAGUCUGAAGCAUCCAGCAAAGCUAUAUUUGCCAAGGUCAUGGUGAUAACAAGGAACCUGCCAGACCCAGGCAAGGCCCAGGACUUUGUGAAGAAGCUCGCCCAGGUCCUGGAGGAUGACGAGCGGAUCAGAGACCAGUUGGAAACCCUGGUCAGCCCCACCUGCUCCUGCAAGCAGGCUGAAGUCUGUGUGAGAGACAUCACUAAAAAGCUCGGGAGCCCCAAACAGCCCAGCAACCCAUUCCUGGAAAUGGUAAAAUUCCUUCUGGAGAGAAUCGCCCCCGUACACAUCGAUACAGAGUCCAUCAGUGCCCUGAUAAAGCAGGUGAACAAGUCUAUAGACGGGACAGCUGAUGAUGAAGAGGAAGGUGUUCCCACUGAGGAGGCCAUCAGGGCAGGACUGGAAUUGCUCAAGGUGCUGUCAUUCACACACCCGGUGUCAUUCCACUCCGCAGAGACCUUCGAGUCUCUGUUGGGCUGCCUGAAGAUGGAUGAUGAGAAGGUGGCCGAGGCCGCACUGCAGAUCUUCAAGAACACGGGCAGCAAGAUGGAGGAGAGCUUCCCUCACAUUAAAUCUGUUUUGCUGCCAGUGUUGCAGGCCAAAGCCAAGCGAGGGCCCCCUCGCCAGGCCAAGUACGCUAUCCACUGCAUCCAUGCCAUGUUCAGCAACAGAGACACACACUUCGCCCAGAUCUUUGAGCCUCUGCACAAAGGCCUAGACCCUGCCAACCUGGAGCAGCUCAUCACCCCUCUGACCACGCUGGGCCACCUGGCUCUGCUGGCCCCAGAACAGUUCGCUGCCCCGCUCAAAUCUCUGGUGGCCAACUUCAUAGUGAAGGAUUUGCUCAUGAAUGACAGGAUCCCAGGCAAGAAGACGACUAAACUUUGGGUCCCAGAUGAUGAAGUUUCUCCCGAGACUCUGGCCAAGAUCCAGGGAAUCAAGCUGAUGGUGAGGUGGCUGCUUGGAGUCAAAAACAACCAGAGCAAGUCAGGCAACUCCACCUUGAGGAUGCUGACUGCCAUAUUGCACAGUGAUGGAGACCUGACCGAGCAGGGCAAGAUGGGUAAACCAGACAUGUCGCGGCUGCGGUUGGCAGCAGCGUGCGCCCUCCUGAAGCUGGCUCAGGAGCCGUGCUACCACGAGAUCAUCACUCUGGAGCAAUAUCAGCUCUGUGCACUCGUCAUCAACGAUGAGUGCUACCAGGUGCGGCAGUGUUUCUCCCAGAAGCUCCACCGAGGCCUUUGCCGCCUCCGUCUGCCCCUGGAAUACCUGGCAGUGUUCGCCCUGUGCGCCAAGGAUCCCGUCAAAGAGAGGAGGGCUCACGCUCGCCAGUGCCUGGUAAAAAACGUCAACAUACGCCGGGAGUACCUCAAACAGCACGCUGCUGUCAGCGAGAAGCUGUUCUCCCUCCUGCCGGAGUAUGUGGUGCCCUACGCCAUCCACCUGCUGGUCCAUGACCCCGACUACGUCAAAGUGCAGGACAUUGAGCAGCUCAAAGAAAUUAAAGAGUCACUGUGGUUUGUCCUCGAGAUCAUCAUGGCCAAGAAUGAGAACAACAGCCACGCCUUCAUUAGGAAAAUGGUGGAGAACAUCAAACAGACAAAAGAUGCCCAGGCACCUAAUGACCCCAAGACCAACGAGAAACUUUACACAGUGUGUGAUGUAGCUAUGAACAUUAUCAUGUCCAAGAGCACCACCUACAGCCUGGAGUCGCCCAAAGACCCUGUCCUGCCUUCACGCUACUUCACCAAGCCCGACAAGAAUUUCAGCAACACAAAAAACUAUCUCCCACCUGAGAUGAAGGCAUUCUUCACACCAGGAAAGCCCAAGGCAGCUAACGUUCUGGGUGCAGUAAACAAGCCGCUGUCCUCAGCAGGGAAACAGCUCCAGAGUAAAGCGUCUCGUAUGGAGACAGCCAACAACGAUGACUCCACCUCCAACCCCAGCUCCCCACAGCGCAGCAAGACCAGGCAUGACAGUGCAGAGAUGGACCACAGUGAAAACGAGGACAUCAGCCUAAAGAGAGGAGACACUGCAGACAAGGACAGUGAAAAGCCUCGUGGGCGCAAACGAGGAGUGGCAUCAAGCGACGACCAGGACAACAAGCCAAAGCGUGGGCGCAAGAAGGCAGCAGCCAAUACGACCGCAGCGGCAGAGUCCGAGGACCAAUGGGACGAGGACAAUCGGCCGGAAGACGAACAGAACAGUCCACCCAAAAAAGGACGCAGGGGCAGGCCUCCCAAGUCCGCCACACCUAGUCAGGACACGCCUGCCAAAGGGAAGAGGGGGCGAAAGAAGGCGGCUCCUCCACCAGAGGAGGAAGAGGAGGAGGAGGAAGAGGAGAGGGGGGAGGAGGAGGCAGAGGAGGACGACGAUGAAGACAGGAGCAGUGAAAAUAUGGAGGUGAAGACCAAGGGAGGAAGGCAAGCGAGAACACCACGGCGAUCACAACAAGGAUCAGAGUCUGCAGAGUCGACACCGCAGAAGAGGAGAGGACGCCCACCCAAAGCCGCUCAGCCACCUGCCAAGAAACCAACACGUGGUGGGCGAUCAAAGGCAGCUGCUGCUAAAGACGACUCUGAGGAGGAAGAGGAGGAGGAGGAGGAGGAGCAGGAGGAGGAGCCCACACCCAAGGGACGCAAGAAGGCAGCGGGGAGAAGAAGAUGAAUCGAAAAACAACAAGAAACAAGGGAGGAAAAACAAGCGAGCCUGUCUCCUCUAUAGAAAGCCGGGGAGUAAAUGACGUAGGAAAGAAGGAAAGAAAAAAUAUGGACAUUGAACUUUUGAACUUUUCAUACGCCGACGCUCCUACUGUUACAUAAACUCACACACUUGCAUAUACCACACGCACACUACGUCAGUUCAUCAGUAUCAUCAGCUGUGGGUUGUUGCAUUGUGUUGCAUUGUGAUGAUGUUCGCCACAUUAAGUAGAAAUUUUAACUGAAAACGAAACAAAAAAAAAAAACGAUCACUCUUGUAAAUAGUCUCUUAUGUCUGUUUCAUGUUCUGUUGUGUUUGAUCCUGACUGAGGGGAUGCUGUAUAGCCUUUACCCGCUGAUAUUAAAGUGCUCCCUUAAAGCAAUAUUGCUUACCAAUCUUCCCUCUGUGUCCCACUUUGAAAACUGAAAGAGAUUAACCAUUUACUUUUUUUUUGUGAUGUCAGUUGUCAUCUUACUUUUAUGAAAGCCCGUUCGCCCGUUCGUUCAUUUUUGUUUACAGCAGUGUAUAUUCACAACUUUUUUUUUUCUUUUUUUUUUUUUACCAUUUUAUGAAAGAUUUAAAAAAAAAAAUGUCAGUAAACUGUCCAAAUGUAGAGUUGCUUUUGAAAAAAAAAAAAAAAAAAAAAAGACUAGUGUGCGUUCCAUUUUUAGGUUUGUAUUUACUGGUAGACUGAAGUCGUAUGAGCAGCUGUGGUUGUAGUGUUUGUCACUGCUGAUUGACAUGGCUUCACAUCCACUCAGUCAGAACCUCCGUCUGUUGUAUCAAUAUAAUUCUCUAUAAAACCUGA